AUGGAACCAAACGAUGAAGUUGUUGACGCCAAAAGCUAGUGAAAUGAAUGUGAGACCGAGAGAUAAGCAAAGUCCCAAACACCUGCACGGCCCGUUGCGGUGCCAAAGAUCAUGAUUAAAGGCAUAUCGUAGUGGCAAACAACGCGUAGUCGCAACUCAGCUCGAUCGUGUUCCAUAGAGCUCACCAUCCAGAGAAGGGUCAAGGUGCCGCAGCGCUGCAACAAGGUCAACAGGCUUCGCCAAAAACCUAACACGCAUAUUCAGCUGGGGGAAGGCGGCGACGAACGGUUUGAGUUUAAAACGCGCGUCACGCAAAUUGCUGAAAUGCCCGAUUGAAAGCACAUGGAACUGGCACUGCUCUGACUUCUCGAUGAUUUUCACUCCGGCAACUGA